UAACCAUUUUAUUCUUGCUUCAUGUUUGUUUUCUUUCCCUCUAUUUAUGAACACAUUGAACUAGCGAAAUGAGGGUGGAUUCUUGUAUUUUACCAUCCACCCUCUUUUUUUCUUUUUCUUUUCUUUUCUUUGAUUGAAAAAGUACUUGCUGUCAAAUUCUUUUAGUCACGCCAAUCUCUUCGAUUAAGAGGGAGGCCCUCUCCAAAAUUUCUGGGCAUGCCUUCCAACUGUUUGAUGAAAUUCCCCUUUAACUGCUACAUUGCUUCUGCCUAUAAGCAUAGAUUCAGUCAGGCCUAAUUUACGCCUAGUAGCUUUUUUCUUCUGCCUGCUCCUUUACUGUUGAUUUUGAAGUGGAAUUUCGGGCUGGAAGAUAGUGAAAUCAUGAAGAAUGUGGAAGACACCGGGCUUAUGGAUUUUCUCAAAGUUCUUCCUCCAGUGGAGUUCUGCUGCAUGUAUGGUUCGACUCUGCAUCCAAACAAUCACGACAAGUCAAAAAUGGUUGACCUUAUUCUUGGCGUUUCUGACCCUCAAAAAUGGCACGAGAAGAACAUUCAAUUAAACAAAGAUCACUAUGCCUCAUGGAUGGUGUACUUUGGAGGGGGGAAACUGGUUACUGAAGUUGCAGAUGAAAUUGGAGUUGGAGUACAUUUUAAUCCGUAUGUUACGUGGAAUAAGAAGAUGCUUAAGUAUGGGGUUGUGCGGAUGCAUGAUUUGAUACAGGACAUACUAUAUUGGAAGACAUUCUACCUCAGUGGCCGUUUGCAGAAGCCGGUUAAUAUACUAGUGGACUCACUGGAUGUUCAACAGCUGAACUCUGUGAAUCUGAGGUCUGCAGUAUCUGCAGCUCUCCUUCUUCUGCCACCCGAGUUUACUGAGGUUGACUUGUAUGCCAAAAUAUGCAGCCUUUCGUACAUGGGUGAUUUGCGUAUGCUUUUUGCAGAGGACAGGGAUAAGGUCAUCAGUAUAGUUCGAGGGCAAUUCCAGCUGUUCCAGUCAAUGUACCAACCCAGUCUUGAACAGUACAAAGCAAAGGAGUUGUUGCAAUUCUCAUCGCCUGGAAGUCACCAGGCAAAUAUAUAUCAGGAUUGUGGAUUAGCAGCAACGGAGUUUUUGGUUUCAUCUUUGCCAACGACGGUCCGGAACACAAUGGGGAUAAAACUUGGCGAGAAGAGAAGUCUGAGUGGAUCUGGGGGAGUCACAAACCAAGUGUUAAUCCGGUCGAGAAAAGAGGCAGUAGAUUGCAUGCAGGGGGCUUUGAGGCGAAAGGUGAUGGUUUCAAGCGCAAGACAGGCGGUGUCCGGUCUAUUGGCUGUAGGUGGUGUCAAGGCUGCCAAGUAUCUUGCAAGUAAAAUGUGCAAGGCUUGGAGAUCCUGGAGAUGAAAGUGAAGCCAUUUCGGUACCGUUCUCAUUGCCUGUUUCUUUUUUACUUUCAGUUUUCAGUUUCUUACGCUUUAAGAAUAAUAAUUAAGAAUGUAUUCUAUAAUCGUUUCUUUUAUUAGUUUUAUUUAAAGAGGCACUAAAGAUUUCUUUCAUUGUUGUUAUUAUGUUUUAUAAUAAAAAAAAAAUACAUAUGGCAACCAUUUAUGAUUCUCUGAAUGUGGACUCUAACGAUGUUAAUGUAUGGGUAUCACAUCAAUAAAAGGUGGGUUUCUGCCCCAGGACCA